GUCGGUGACUUAUCGCCCAGUCACGCGUCACACCCACACACACUGGUGUGCGUGCACCUCUCCACUUCCAGGUUCCAAGCCACUGCGCCGAGACCUUCUCCUCAUUCAGGAAAACUGUACAUCGUCAGCCAUGGCCGCCGUCAGCAGCUCAAACACACAGUUUGCCUGGGAGCUGUUCUGGACUCUGAGCCAAGCAAACCCAUCGGGGAAUAUCUUCGUCUCUCCGCUGAGCAUCAGUUCAGCUCUGGCUAUGGUCUACCUGGGGGCCAGAGGAGACACCGCUGUUCAAAUGGCACAGGCCCUGUCAUUCAGCUCUGGUGAAGCCGUCCACGCCGACUUCGAGGCGCUAAACGCAGACAUCAACUCACCAUCAGCAUCAUACAUUCUGAAAACUGCCAAUCGUCUGUAUGGGGAGAAUACCGCAAAGUUCCUUCCUCAAUUCCUGGAAGCCACGCGUAAGUACUACCAGGCAGACUUGAAGACUGUGGAUUUCAUCGGGGCCGCAGAGGCGAGCAGAGGGGAGAUCAACACUUGGGUCGAGCAGCAGACAGAAAAUAAAAUAAAAGAUCUCCUGAAGCCGGGGACAGUCUCUACAAUGACGAGGCUGGCUCUUGUCAAUGCCAUCUACUUCAAGGGAAACUGGAUGAACCGCUUUGAUGAAGCAAACACCAAAGAGAUGCUUUUUAAAGUCAACCGGACUGAGAGUAAACCGGUCCAGAUGAUGUACCAGAUGAAGAAGCUGCCCUACAACUACAUCCCUGACCACGCUCUGCAGAUCCUGGAGCUGCCGUAUGUGGGGGAGGAGCUCAGCAUGUUCAUCCUGUUGCCUGAAAAGUCCACAAAAGGCUCCGCCCCUCUGCUGAAGCUGGAGAAGAAGCUGACGCAGGAGAGGCUGAAUGAAUGGACCGACAGGGAAAACAUGGACGUCCAGUCAGAGAUCCUCGUUCACCUGCCAAAGUUCAAGCUGGAGGAGGACUACGAGCUGAACGAGCCUCUGGCUAAACUGGGAAUGACGGACGUGUUCUGCACCGCCAAGGCCGACCUGUCUGGCAUGAACGGCGAAGGAGGGCUCUUCCUGUCUACGGUGGCCCACAAGGCCUUCGUGGAGGUGAACGAGGGGGGCACGGAGGCGGCGGCGGCCACAGCAGGCAUGGUAUCUUUCUGUAUGUUGAGGGAGGAACACUUCACAGCAGACCACCCCUUCCUCUUCUUCAUCAGGCAUAAUAAGACCAAGUCCAUCCUCUUCCUCGGCAGGUUCUCAUCUCCUCAGUAGAGAGAACCAGGAAAGGAAGAUAUUCAAAUAAAAGCUGAAUCCUUUGAAUCCUGAUAUUUGCUAA